GCUGUGGUCGUCAGUCCUCGGCAGUGUGGAGAGGAAAGAGGAGCAGAUCGGUUGGUCAGCAGAGCAUUUAUUAUGUUUAUUACAUUUAGCCAUCCGUGCAGAGAUUAAAGGGCUGAAGCAGAAAACGAAGGCGCGCGACCACACACACACCACGUGAUCAAAUGCGGAAAUUGUCCGAUAGAGAAAGUAAGCGGAGGGUCUGGUGUCCACUUGUGUUUGGAGCUGCUGUUACUAGCUGCCUGUCUCCCACAACAACAACACACACAGAGAUACGGAUCUACCACCUUGGGCUGCUGUGAAUGAAGGGAGGGUCGUGUUGAGGACAGACUGUGGAGAUGACAAGGCUGUGACAGUGUGUCUGAACCAGACCAAUUCCUGUGACAUGGCUGCUGCUAAGAAGAGUGGUGCAAAAUCAGGAGGCGUUCGCUUCUCAGAGGAGCCUCCUGCUGCCGGAGCCCCAUCACAUGUUCACUUUGAUGAAAAGCUGCAUGAUUCGGUUGUCAUGGUGACGCCGCAGGAUGAUGGAAACUUCAUGGUCAAGGUUGGCUUCCUGAAGACGCAGCACCGCUAUGAAAUAGUGUUCACGCUGCCUGAGGUCCCAGCUCUGGGGAAAGAUGUUUGUCCAGCACCACUGCGCCCACACCUCCGGAUCACCGAUAUCACCCCAGCGCCAGAGGGAGGUCUGAAGAUAACGUGCGAGUACAUGGCCCACCAGGAGGGAGUUCUGUGUGAGGAGGUUCUGCUGCUGAGCGAGACCAACGAAGACGUCUGUGUCAAAGUCAAAGUCCACGCCAGAGUCAUGGAUCGCCACCACGGUACCCCCAUGCUGCUGGAGGGAGUUCGCUGCAUCGGCAUGGAGGUGGAGUACGACUCCGAGCAGAGUGACUGGCAAGGAUUUGACUGAAUCUCAGCUUUCUCACAUUCAGUCUAUCUCUGUGGCCCACCUGAUGCAAACACACACCCAUAAACACACAUAACUGCCAUCUCAGAGGUGCACAAAGUCAACACACCUCGUCUCAAAUAGAAAAACAAAAGUUCACAACUGGCCGUUGAUAAACACAUGUGAUUAGUGCCACAUACUGCUUCAUCCCAGCCUCAGUGUUCAGUGUUGGAGCUCAGAAGAAUCGCAGCUCUUCAUCCUGAGAACAUUUACAUGAAAACUUUGGUUCUGCUGUGACUUCUGUUCUGCAGCAUCUGAACGGACAGUUGUCUCCACGAUGGCAUGCUCUGUUGCUAAUCUGUGUUUUCCUUACUGAGCCUCUAGAGGGCAGCAGUGCUCCUUAAAUCCCCCUCACAUCCUUUCACUGCUAUUUGUGCUCUAUUUCAUUCCUCUCCUGAGGUGCAAACUGUAACCCACAUUGAUUUAUAUGACUAAGCAUAAACAAGGGCUCUUUUAUUAAUUAAAAAAGCUUGGAAGUGACCCUAAAGGAAGAAACAAAUCUACACAAUGCGGGAAAUGGAGUUGAACUGAGCAUGCAAUGCCUCUGUUUAGCCAUAAGGGGUCCCUGCAGACCUUUCUAUGUAAUGCUCGGCUAAUGUGAGGGCUUUUUUCAACAAUCCCAGCUGCAGUGUGGUCUCCAUUUAAAGGAAAAAUCCAACUUAAAUAGUUCAGUAUGUUCAAUCUUGAAUGUUAAAUUCCUUUCCUGACAUUUCUGUUGUACUCACUUAGUCUCAACCUACUGCUACUACUGCUCACUUUUCCCAGACUGCCUUUUAGGAAAUACAAAACAAGAAGUGUCUGUGUGGGUGAGAAGCUAAUUUGCAGCUGUAAUACUUGAGGGAGGAGAAAAUGAUGCCUCAAAACAUGUUCUCCGUGUAUAUGGCACUAAUCUGUUGACAUAUGUCUGGUUUGAUCGUUGUAAAAUAAAAGAAGCAUCUUUUUUUUCCCUCAGUAUGAGGAGGUUCCACCAAAAUGUGAGCUUUCCUUUUGGUGUUUUAUAUCUUUUAUCUCCUUUUUUUUUUUUUUGCUGAGUGGAAAAUAUUUUACACAAAACUGAAAAAAUGGAAUGAUCAAAUAGCAAAACUGUAUCAAAAAAAGGUGUUAAACAGAGAGCACAAACUGUUGAUUAAUUAAUUUGUCAGCGAUGUUUGAUAAUUAAUUAAUCAUUUCAUUUUUAAAACUGAAAUUUCAAUGGAUUUCCUGCAUGUCUCUGUUUAAUAGAAUAAAUAUAAGAUGUUUGGGGGUUUUCCUGUGCUUUCUGACCAUGUGAAGACCAAAUUAUUAUCACAUUUAUCAAUUAAAGAAGCAGUAGGUGACCAUAAUGUUGUGUUUUAGGCGGUGUUUUCCUUUAAAAACAAAUAGUCGCCCGCUUUGGCCAGUCGGACAGCGAAAUGAUUUGUUUCUUUUGCUUGAAUCCAUCAGAAACACGUGACACAAGUGCCUUUCACUGCACCGUCUCGUCUCUCAUGUCUGUUUUAACCGUCUCCAUCCUGUUUCUCGCUCUAACUACCCGACAAGCACUUGUGAGGUGAAGUGAGUAUUGGCCUGCACAUGUUCAAACGAGGGGAAAUGAAACACGUCUGCCAUCAGAAAAUCUGUCGCCAUCCCAGUCCAACAUGACACCUGCCUGUUUGUACUCUUCCCAGUGUUAAAUCCCACUUAUUCCACCAGCUCGUCUCAAACAGGCACGUCUGAUUCUCUGUCAUCUCAGUGUGAGUGCAGAUCAGAAGGAGGCGACAGGCACUUUGUCUGUCAGCUCUGCUAAUUUACAUUUGUGCUCAAACAGCAAGUGCCAUGAUCUGGCUGCACUGCCAUCUCCUUUUAUUCUUCUUUCGGAGUAUUUUCUUCUUGUGAAUCAACUACUGCAGAUUUCUGUUUUGUCAUUUAAUGCAUUCAGCCUUAAAAGAAACAAUUCAGUGUGUGAUUUCUCUUCAUAUUAGACCACGAGCUGUUGGUGUAGUGCAGAUUAAAUAGAUUUAUUUGAUGUUGGCUUGUGCACAAUAGGUCAAAGUUCCUCUUAGUGUAAAACUGAUGUGCUCGAUAGGUUACUGUUUCAAGAAUGUAGCAGUUUAUUUGUUGAUAUCUGCUCCUCGUGUGUGCGAUUUGUAUUUUUUCAUGUCAAAAACGAAUAAACAAGUGUGUAUGUUUA